GUCUACCGCUUUUGUAGUGAGUUUCCGAAGCCAAACCGAGUCGAGUUAUAUUAAAUUAGUUCACAGCCGAAGCCUGUUAUAAGUUGUCUGUGAAAGUGCGACGAUGUGAAAUAAAACAAUCACAUAAAUAAAAGAACAGUUAUUGAGCUUGUUCCGCGCGAAAAAAUUAACUAGUCUGCUAAUAGUUUAAGAUAAUUUGGUAUUUUUUUAUGGGACAAAGAAGACAUUGGUAAACAGCAGAACCGGUCAGGGGUCAACGUUACUCAACCGUUCCUAUAAAUAAGCCAAGCAAAGUCGUUUCGAAAAAACACCAUGUCCGCGACCAUACUUAAACACAUCGCGGUUGCGGUUCUUGUAAACUUCGUUUUCGUCGAAGGAUCACCACAAUGGAGAUAUCAGUGCGUCGAAGGAACAUGUAAAAAAUUUCGUUUAACGCCGGAAACCAAAGAAUCGGCUGUAAGUUUACCUGCGUGCAGAUUAUUUUGUCACGAUAAAGCAGGAUUAUGGCCGAUUCCAAGUGGAUCUUUUAGAAUAGGACAAACUUUAACCCGAUUAAACGUGAACAGUAUUGAUAUAUCCGGACCUAGAUCAGAUACAAAAAGUCACAACCUCGUAACAUUGGCCAGACAAAGAUUUAUCCACGCCGUGAAUAAAAUCGAACCGAACGGGAAUCAAAAAGCCGGUGGCAGAUCUUUAUUUGCUCAUUUAAAGGUGACGAAUCCAAAUGUUGAUAGAUUGGAAUUAAGUACGGAUGAAGGAUAUACAUUGGAAGUUACGGAAAGUUCCGAUGGGCGAAUAAAUGCUACCGUUGUAGCUGAUAAUUAUUUUGGUGCAAGACAUGGUUUAGAAACUUUAAGCCAAUUGAUUAUAUACGACGAUAUUAAACGGGAAUAUCAAAUGGUGAAGGACAUUUAUAUACAAGAUAAACCGCAUUAUCCAUACAGAGGAUUAAUAUUAGAUACCGCUAGAAAUUUCAUGUCCGUCGAUGCUAUUAAAAGAACUAUCGAAGGAAUGGCCAUGUCAAAAUUAAAUACUUUCCACUGGCACAUUACUGACAGUCACAGUUUCCCAUACGUCUCGAAAUCGAAUCCUUAUUUAUCCGAACUUGGAGCUUAUUCUUCAAAAAUGAUUUACGAUAAAGAUACGGUUGCUGAUAUUAUUGAAUUUGGGAAAGUCAGAGGAGUUCGUGUUAUGCCCGAAUUUGAUGCGCCAGCUCAUGUUGGGGAAGGUUGGCAAGAUACAGGAUACGUAGUUUGCUUCAAUGCGCAACCUUGGCAAGAUUAUUGCGUUGAACCACCAUGCGGGCAAUUAGAUCCAACUAAAGAAGGAAUGUAUGAUGUAAUAGAAGGUAUCUACAAAGACAUGAUAGAUCAAUUUAAUCCAGAUAUUUUCCAUAUGGGAGGUGAUGAGGUAGCUUUCCAAUGUUGGAAUUCAACCAGUCACAUAGUUGAAUGGAUGAAUGAAAGGGGAUGGUACAACGAUAAAGCUGGCUUUUCGAAACUUUGGAAUGUAUUCCAAUCGGAAGCGUUAAAACGUUUCGAUAAACAUGCGAAGAAAAAAGAUACUCCCAUCAUCAUGUGGACUAGUUCUUUGACCGAAAAAGAUUACGUUCACGAAUAUUUACCUAAUGAUCGAUACAUCAUCCAAAUUUGGACGACGCGUAAUGACCAACACAUCCAAGAUUUACUCGAUUUAGGAUACAGAUUAAUUCUUAGUAAUUACGACGAUAUGUACUUAGAUUGUGGAUUUGGUGGUUGGGUUGAUAGUGGUAAUAAUUGGUGUAGUCCUUAUAAAGGGUGGCAACAAAUUUAUAAUAACAGCCCUAAAGAGUUAGCUGGUGAUAGAGCUAAUCAAAUGUUGGGAGCAGAAGCCGCCUUAUGGACCGAACAAGUCGAUAGUACAUCAAUUGACAGUCGAAUAUUCCCUAGAAUUUCCGCUAUGGGCGAGAGACUAUGGUCGGAGCCUAACACUAAUUGGAGAUUUGCUGAAGAACGUAUGUUGGUUCAUCGCGAAAGAUUAGUUAGCAUGGGAAUUAAUGCAGAUGCUUUAGAACCAAUGUGGUGUUCACAAAACGAAGGAUCAUGUCCGAUACAUCGAGUUCGUUAAAAAAUUAAAACGAUUUAAUGUGAUUUAAUAAUAUUAAAAUUAAGUAUUAAUAAAUUUUAUUGACUCAAA